GCGCGGGGGGCCGCUCGGCCGCAGCCCCGGGGCCGCCAUGGUGCCGGGCCCCGCGCCGCCCGCCCGCCACGGCCCGGGCCCGCCGCCCGCAGCCCCGCACCGGGGCGCCCGCCGCUUGUCGGAAACCGGCGGCGGGGGAGGGGGAGGGGCGGCGCGGGGGCUGCGGGCCGCCGCCUCGCUGCCGCAGCUGGCGCGGGGCCGGGAGGAGGGCGGCGGGCGGCGCAGCCCCUGCCUGCUGGUGGCCUUGCGGCCCCGCAACGUGGAGGCCGAGCGGGAGCGGUUCUUCCGCGCCAGCUUCGCUUACGACCCGCAGUUCGAGUACGCGGAGCCGCCGCCCGCCGCCGUGCUGGAGAAGUACGGGGAGGCCUCGGACCGCUUCGUGACUCAGGCCAUCCGGAUCAUCCGGGCUGUCCUGGAGAAGUAUGGGACCUACGAGAGCUUCGAAGUGGCCACGGGUGGGAGGCUGCUGAGCAAGUGCCAGAUCUGGGCCAUGAUCCGAAAGUACAUGCAGAAGGAAGGCUGCGUGGGAGAGGUGGUGGUGCAGCUCACGGAUGACCUCCUGUCGCAGGCAGUGAUGAUGGUGGAGGACAGCCGGCCAACCCUGGCCAUCAACCUGGCAGGAGCCCGGCAGCACUGGCUGGAGGGGAUGCUGCGCCACGAGAUAGGCACCCACUACAUCCGGGGGGUGAACAACACCCGCCAGCCCUGGCACAGCUCCGAGGGUCGCAAGCAGUACAGCCUGAAGCCCGCCAACCCCACCGAGGAGGGCCUGGCCAGCCUGCACAGCGUGCUGUUCCGCAAACAGCCCUUCCUCUGGCGGGCAGCCCUGCUCUACUACACCAUCGAGCGCGCCAGCCGCCUCUCCUUCUCCGCCCUCUUCCAGGACCUGGAGCAGUACGUCCAGGACGCCGGCGUCCGGUGGGAAUACUGCGUGCGGGCCAAGAGGGGCCAGACCGACACCUCGCAGCCAGGCUGUUUCAGUAAGGACCAGGUCUACCUGGACGGGAUUCUCCGCAUCCUGCGCCAUCGCCAGACCAUCGACUUCCCUCUGCUGGCUGCACUUGGAAAGGUCUCCUACGAAGAUGUGAACCGGCUGAAGAAGUUUGGGGUGCUGGAGAAGACCCGGAUCCCCCAUUUCAUGCAGGACCUGGAGAGGUACAUGAAGCAGCUGGAUCACAUUGUCACCACCAAUGGCCUGAACGAGGAGGAGCUGGAGCAGCUGCUGCCCGACUGAGGGGAUCAUCCCCCCAAAACCAGUGCCCUGAGUCCAGCACCAGUGCCCUUUGUUGGAUAUUUAUUGGGGCUGGAGCCUGGAGGGCAGAGCCUGGGCCCCCUGCUCCGUGCCCAGGUGGCCACUGUGCAUGUAGGGCUGGUGGGGUCGGUGUCCACGUGUCCUGUCCCCACUGUCCCCUGAGCAUUUUGGGGACAGCUCCAUGAGGCUUUGGGAGCUGGAGCAGAGGGUUCCAGGGGGCGAGGGCAGCGCUCCCAGCCGUGCAGGAGGUUGUGCUGGGGUGGCUGCAGUGAGAGGGGGGGGUCCUUGGGGUGCCAUGGGGGGGUCCCAGCAGAGUGGGGACACCACCUGGGGGGCUGGGGACCCUGGGCUAAGCCUGCCAGGGUAGUAAGGGCUGGCCCAGACGCUCUGUCUGCGUUUCCCACUCCCUAUCCCUUCCCUUGUGCCACCCAGCAGCAGCAGGAAGGGCUUUAACAGCCCCCCCCAACCCCAUCUCUGCUCUCCCCCUGCCCCCCCAGAUGUUUGCCCACCAUUAAUCAUUGCUCUGCACACCAAGGACUGGGGCCACUCUGCCUGUCUCUGAGGGGCAGGAGGGCUCAGGGUGGGGGGGGGGGUUCAGGCUGGAUGUUAAGAAAGUGUAAUAAAAAUGAUGUCAUGAAAAAAAACCAA